AUAUGAGAGUAGGUUCGCUCUUCACGUUGAUAGACCAGAAGCCGGGAGGUCGUUUUUUCUCGCACUAAAGCGGUAGAGUUUGGACCAUGAGCCGCUCUGAAGAGAGAUGAUAAACCAACGGGCCUCCACACGUCUUUCCCAGUAUGACUAAGUUGAAGCAGAAAGCAGAGGGCCAGAGCGACGGCGGAGAGGACAGCCCGGACGGAGGAUGGGGCUGGGUGCUGGUGGUUGCCAUGUUCGUCAGCAUGAGCCUGGUGUUCGGCCUGAUGCGCAGCUUGGGGAUCUUCUUCAUGGAGUUCGUUCAGUACUUUGAGGAGAGCGCUCAGGCCAUCUCCUGGAUCUCAUCCAUUGGUCUGGCAGCGCAGCAGUUCUUCAGUCCACUGGGUGCAGCGCUGUGUAAUGCGUUCAACGCCAGGGUGGUGGUGAUGACUGGAGGCUUAUUGGCCGGACUCGGCCUCAUACUGGCUUCUCAGGCCACCUGCCUUGUUCACCUUUACCUCACUAUGGGUCUGAUUUCAGGUUUGGGGUGGGGGUUGAUCUUCACUCCCAUGAUAGCUACAGUCAUCGCUAACUUCACCCACCGGCGGACCCUGGCUAUAGGACUGGGCUUUUCCAGCAUUGGCCUCUCUUCUUUUGCUUUUAACCCCCUGUUCCAACUGCUGGUGGAGACGUACGCCUGGAGAGGAGCGCUUCUCAUUUUGGGUGGAAUGAGCCUCAACAUCGUCCCCUGUGGAGCUCUGAUUCGCCCCCAGCCCCGCCCCAAAGCUCCACAAAAGGACUCAAAGAGUAAGCUGUCUUGUGCGGAUGUUCUGCGUCGGUUCUCCUCUUACCUGGAGCUGUCUCUGCUCCUAGAGAGGCCUUACAUCACCUACACCUUAGCCAUCAGUCUUUUCAACGUUGGCUAUUUUGUUCCGUAUUUCCACCUGGUGGCCCACAGCCGCCAGGCCGGCUUCUCCCAGUACCAGGCGGCUUUUGUGGUGUCCGCCGCAGGAGCCACGGACAUUUGCGGCCGAGUGGUGUCGGGGUGGUUCUCCGACCUGGGCCACUUCCGGCUCAUCCACUUGCUGAGCUGGUGGACGCUGCUGGUGGGACUGUUCAUCAUGCUGCUGCCCGUGAGUUCCCUGACGGGGUCCUACGCCGCUCUGGUGGUGAUCAGCCUCCUGUACGGGUUUUGCUCGGGGGCUUUGACCUCUCUGGUAUUCGCGGUGGUGCCGAAGAUCGUCGGUGUGCAGAGGACGAUGGGCGCCCUCGGGCUGCUGCAGCUCAUCGAGAGCAGUGCAGGACUGCUGGGAACCCCUCUGUCAGGCUUCCUCAAAGACAUCACUGGAAACUACGUCGCCUCCUUCUUGGUUGCCGGCUCCUUCCUGCUCCUCGGUUCCCUCACCCUCGCCACCCUGCCUAACUUCUUCUCCUGCACGGAUCCGCCACCUCCCGUCGCCGACAAGAGCGAGGUUUUGCAUGCAGAGCUGGAGCAGAUGAGCAGUUUGUCUCCAGACGUUAACGAUCAGACAGACGAACCAGAAAGGUAAAAAAUACUCCAGUUAGAGGACGGAUCCUUCCUGAAGACGUGGAGGAGGAUAGUCAUGGAAGUGAAGACGAGGGUCAAAACAUUUCUGAUGUCAGGUUUGCACUUUCAGCUACUUGAGCUGAAAUAACUAACUUUACCUCUUUAUGUCAUGGAAGUGAAUGUAAACUGAUGCCAAUUACCUCUGUAUGAGUCACCCCGAUACUUAAGAUUAUGAUUUUUUUCAGCUUUAACUUGAUUUCAAAUCCUGCACAUUAUAAUUUAAUAUCUUAUCUGGAUAUGAAGACAUUACCUUAUUAUUAAGGUACAUUUCCUGUAGGUUUUUGUAGACCUAAACUUUUUAUGACAAAGUCCUUCCUGGAUGCAGAUUUCUUUUCUGCUCCUGUGUGUUAACACAGAUUUGAAAACCAGCAGAUAAACUUUGACAGUGUUGCCUUUGCUUUCUAUCUCUUCCGCCUAUUUGCACCCUGAACUUUAGUAAACCAUAAACUCAGACUCCACUUUCAAACAGAGAGACUUCUGGCUUUCUGGACACUGACUGAAGGUUUUGUAGCGGCAAAAUACUGGGUCACGGUGAACUGCUGGUUACAGACACUCUCACCCAGAGUUGCUCCAGUUAAUACUUAACUGUUGCUAAGCAAAUACCAAGAGGAAAAACUUUUUUUGUUUUUGUUUUCAUAACGCUAAAAUGUUACUUUUUUGUACCGCUCAACCAAACUGUGCUGUUUUAACCCCUACUUUACCCCCCUUUUUUUUUUUUUUUACCAAAAAAUGUAUAAAAACCAGAGAUGCAGCAAAUAACUCUGGCGCCCUCUGCUGGACAUUUUAGGCAAUUAAAAGAAUAAUUUAAACCCUGGAGAACCAAUGAGGUCAAAUUUGACCGCUUUUUUUGUUUUGUUUUUUGUUUGCAUUCUUUUUAAUCUUUGUAUUGGUUUUUUUGUCUGCUGUAAUUGGUUCUACCUAAAAUGAACAAACAAAAAACUAACAUAUACAUUUUGAAGGAUCUUAAAAAUCUUUUUAAAGAUCUUCAAAGUCUCAAAUUCACACACACACAACAAUUAAAAUGUUUCCAUUGUGGUUUAUUUUUCAUAGCACAGAUUUUAAGUAUCUUUAUAAAUGUGAACAGAAACACUGUCUGGAAUGUAGAAAUUUGCAAACAAUUCACAGAGAAAGAAUAAAUUUAAAUUUUUCACAA